AUGUCAGAAGGCGAGGCGUUGUCGCAGAAGAAGCAGCAACAGCAGCAGCCGUUUCAUCCGCAGCAACAGCAGCAGCAGCAGCAACCGCCGAUCGGAGCGGGUCCGAUGGCGAAUAUGGCGUGGCAGUACCCGCCGAACAAUAUGCACAAUAUGUUCCCACCGUACCCAGGCCAAAUGUACGGCCAAGGAUACGGCCAAGGUGUGCCGCAUCAAGGACAGAUGUUUAACUAUUAUCACAUGAUGCCAGGAUACGGUCAGACUUUUAAUCCUCAACAGAUGCAACAGCAUCAACAGCAUCAACAGCACCAACAGCAGCAGCAGCAGCAACAACAGCAGCAGCAACAGCAGCAGCAGCCGCAGCAACAACAGCAGCAGCAGGGAAAUAAUCAGACAAAGCAGCAGUUACAUCAACAACCUCCUAUACCUGGUACUCCAAUGCCUCUGGAUGACGAAUCUGAUCUUCCACCAUUGCCGCCAGGUCCACCACCAGCAGUUCAACCUAAUCAACAACAUAACAAUCAUGUACAGCAACAGUCGAUGGCUUAUUCAGGAUUGAUGUACAAUUCAUUCCCCUAUAACUGGAAUGGAAUGCAUAAUGAAACUUCUCAAUAUAAUGGUCAGAAUACAAUCCGUUUCAACUUACCUAACAAGAAAACGGGUCUCGGAUACACGCCAUCCGGCAAUAGCGGCGCCGCGAAGAAAAAGCGUAAGCGGAACAAAAAUUUAGCAGCUCAAUUCAACAAUAGCUUUCAGGGAAAUGCUCCGACUACCGGGCCCUUCAUGCCGAAUGGACCUAACGCAAAGUCCGCGGAACUACCACCGCUACCUCCCGCGCAAUCCGAAGUGGCGGCCCCUCCGCCGCCAAGCGAGGAGCCUCCUAAUCCUGUCGUGCCGGUCACCACGGCUGUCAGCAACGCGGCUACCAGUACCGGUACUGUUCCCACCAUUGCCCACAGCCCAGUCGGAGACUGGCCCGACAGUUUGAAGAAUUAUGUGAACCGAUGCUACGAGAAGUGUAAGACGGCGGUCGAUAAGGAUCAGGUUGAGAUUAUAUUGAAGGGCAAAAUCACCCGCGCCGCGAACGACGGCUCGCUCUGGGUGAAGGACUGGGAUAAGGAACCUCUGCCCAGCAUCCACAGCGAACGUAUGACCAUGACGAUCAAGCCUUCGAAGCCGGCGUUAAAGCUGGCGAAUCCUCUGGCGAGCCCACUGGUCAAUGCACAGGGAGGCCUGCGCAAGCCCGGCCUUUCCAGCUCACUCGGGGCUCGGCUUGGCGCGCGUCUCUCUGUGACACACAGCAGGCGGUCGAGGACGAGGUCGAGGUCGAGGUCUAGAUCGAGGUCAAGAUCCAGAUCCAAAUCGAGGUCGCGAUCCCGUUCGCGGUCGCGGUCGCGCUCACGCUCGAGGUCGAGGUCGACGCGUUCGCGUACGCGUAGCCCGCCGUCGCGCAGGUACAACAGGCGCAGCACGUCCUCGUCGUCGAACAUUAGCGAUCGGGAGCACGAUUACAAGGCGCCCAAAGUGAAAAAAUCCGCGCGCAACAACAAGGCGAAUCACGGCAACAAGAAGUCCAAGAAGAAUAAGCAGGCUAAAUCGCAUUUCUAUUCCGAGUUUGGUUUAGCUACAGGCAACGCGGACGAGCUGGGAACCAAGGAGAAGCUGCAGCAGCGCGCCGCCAGAUUCAACGGCGGCAUUUCCAGGACGGUCGUCAGCAGCGUCAUUAUCAGAGAUGACCCGAACACGGAUUUCGACUUUACCGGGCUCCACAUCGUCGGCACGUGCAAGGAUCUAGAGAAGCCUUACUUGCGUCUCACGUCGGCUCCUGCCCCUUCUGCAGUUCGACCGGUAAGUGUACUUCAAAAUUCUUUGGCUCAUGUCAAGAAACGUUGGCUGGCCGAUCAGGACUACAGAUAUGCUUGCGACCAAUUAAAAUCCAUCCGGCAAGAUCUUACCGUGCAAGGUAUCAGGGACGCGUUUACAGUUCAUGUAUACGAAACCCACGCCCGUGUAGCUUUAGAACGCGGUGAUCACGAGGAAUUCAAUCAGUGUCAGACACAGCUGAAAAUGCUAUAUCAGGAUCUCGAUGGUGAGAAUCGAUGCGAAUUCAUUGCGUAUCGGAUUCUCUAUUAUAUCUUCACGAAAAAUACUCAAGAUUUAACGACAAUUUUAGCGGCACUUUCGACAGAAGAUAAAAACGACGAGUGCAUACAGCAUGCGUUGAAAAUACGAUCGGCUUGGUGGUUGGGUAACUUCCAUGCUUUUUUCAAACUGUAUAGGACGGCGCCGCGUAUGUCCGCCUUCUUGAUGGACUGGUUUGUCGCGAGAGAGCGAAAGAAGGCGUUGAAAUUCAUGAUAAAGUCCUACCGGCAAAAUUUGGCGGUUCAUUUCGUCGUAGCGGAAUUGGCCUUUGAGUCUUUGGACAAGUUUAAUGAAUUUGUCAGCGAGUUCGGCUUGGUUUACGCUGAUCUCGCUCGACAGCAAAUCGACUGCAAGGCAAGCAGUGGUAGUCUAGGUGGUUGGUAGAAGGCAACGUUACUCUACUGUCCUACCUUUACCCCUUGUGGCGGCAGAUAUUUUUACAUGCGAGAAAGAAGGGCCACACACACACAUACACGCAUAUAUAUACACAUACAUAUACACACGCGUACAUGCAUAAAUCUCAUGUGUGUCGUACUACGUGUAUAUGCAUAUGUUUCCGGCAUAUGUGCGCUUGUGUGACUCAUAUGCAUAUAUACAUAUUCAGAUAGAUAUUUCCAUUCCGCUGGGGUUACGCAUAUUUCCGUAAAUUUCCCUCGCUCUCGGAAGCCCCCGUGUGUGCUGGCUCUACCUCUCGCAAAACGAUCUUCAGAUCAUCAUCCCACGGCGGUGACGCACAGUUUUAUCCACCGUCGGGUGCAAAAUCGAAAGCUUGGGACUUCGACUACAGCUUCGACUGUGAAUUUGUACAUACACGCUCCCUCGUUCGGUUCCCCCGCGCGCAAUUGUACAUAAUCGCAAGAGGACGUAUAUGCGGGAAUCUCUGGAAAUUAUACAAAAAUCCGGACGGAUGGUCGUUUCCGUUCAUUCGGCGCUACCUCACUAAACAAAAAAUUAGAUGAGAAAAAAGCUCGUUAUAUAUCAUCGAGGAUCAUAUUCACAACGCAAACGGUACAAUCUGUGGUCUUCGUGCAAUAGAAAAAAAAGCUCAUCUUUCGUUAGUUCUCAACUCGGGACGAUUCGUCGACCAGACGACCGCUCUCUCCUUUUCAAUCGUUCGUAGCGUGACGCGCAUGAACGCUUCACUGCCACGGUGCUCGAUCGAUUUUCCAAGUGUUCCUUUAAGUAUUACUACACGAAAAACAACCCGUAGCUGCCCCAGCCGAGCCGCAACGCAAGCUUCUCUCGCUUCGAGGGGAGGAGUUCUUCGAAGAGAACGCGGAUAAAGGAUUUCGUUUCACGAAUUCGGAGACAUGAGUCGCGUUUGAGAGGACACUGGCGGUGACUGUACGUUAUGCCGCUUGUACUCGAGAGACUAUCUUCUCGGUCAAUGAUGAACAGAGCGUUCCUGGUCGCGACAAAGGGUCAUUUCCCGGACAAGCCCGGGAGAAAAGCCGGGGUAGAUCAGGCGGAGGGAAGAAGGAAGAAGAAGUGGCAGGAUCGUUUUUCUCCGGGAACAUCGUUACUCGUGGAUGAACCACAUCCGAAGACGUCUGGGUUUGGGGACGAAGACAGAAGACCGAAGAUCAAGGGGGAAAGGAUCAUCUUCACUGCAUACCUUGCGCGACGAGUGGGCGCAUCACCAUCGGUUCUCUUCUCAUCGUGUGCCGAGUGAUCCUUGUAAUUUAAUUUUAAUAAGUGUCUAUGCGCCGCGCGCGACGCGACGAUGCUCCUCUCGACGUUAGAGUCCCCCUUUCCCCCCUAUUUCUCGUUGGAUUCCCUAGGUGGUCGAGGUCCUCCCGUUUUCUCUCGCAUUCGCGCACGUACGUUCGUUCACUUGCUCGCUCGCGCGCGCGCAUGGAAUGUGCAUCAGCCGCAUUACACGGAUUCGGAGAGGGAAAAUGAUUUCAUUGUACCAUACUUGAUCCGAAUACGAUGUUGUGCAUAAUAAAUUAUUUAAUUUUC